AUGUUUACUUUAUAGAUUUUCGAGAGGACAAAGUGGUGCAUAAUUCGUCCGUAAGUUUUUGGAAGGGAAGAUCAUUUCGUGGAAAUAAAUCUCUCGAAAUUGUCACAUCAGGAUUCCCGAACGAGACUUUGCGAUUUCGAGCAGCAGGAGAUACAAAUCUUAAAGGAUAUAAAAACGCCAGCUUAAAUACAAGAACUUUGAUGGAUUUUAACGGUCCAGUUAUAAUAGAGGAUCUCAAUGACAUGAAUGAUCAGAAUCUCGCGAGCCAUAUUCGAGUUAAGAGAAAUGAACCGAUUGUUCAUCGCCGACCGAGUUCCGUGAAUUUGCUUCCACAAAAUUUACAGCGCAGGAAUGAUGAGACAAACAUAUUUAGCGACUCGCUAUUAAAAGCAUCACGUUCGGAAUACGAGAACCAACCUGAUAUCAUUGUGGAUACCAUGGUACCGCAAUCACGACACAAACGAGGAGUCCUGUUGGAAAACGGCCAUCGUAGGAAACGCGUGAAGGGAAAUAUUGGACAUUCUAAACAUAACGUUGAGACGAAAAAUAAAAAAAAUAAGAAGCAUAAAGCUUUGAAGUCUCCCAAUCAGCCUGUCACGAAAAAAACGAAAAAUCUAAACUCGAAAAAAAGAAAUAAAAAUACUAAAAAAAUCGAAAUGCCUGCCAAAGCAAUCGACAAGUCGCGGAAAAUAGCAAAAAGAGAAUCCGAAUGUAGCGAUUUCAACAAUAAUAUUGACAGUGCUAACGAACAAACAGAAGCUUUAAUUAAUUGGAAAGAAGAUGCGUCAUUAACAAAAAGAAAUUUGGUAGAACAGCAACAAGAAAACACCAUAAAGUUACCUUUUGUGCACACUGGAAAAUCGGAAUUGCAUGUUCGUAUUGAAAAAAUUCCUACGAACAAGUCAUCGUUUAUCAGUCCUAAUAAUUGGACGGAUCAUUCUACUGAGACUACUCCUUGCUUGAUUAUGUUACCGAUUUAUAAUAUAAGCGAUGACAUUCUCAAUGUUAAUCCAAAUGUUGUCCCGAAUUUUGAUUCUGCUGAAAAAAAGAAAGCUAAUAACGUUCUAGUGGAGAUUAUUUUGAAGAAGCAAGAUCUCGGAAACGUGUCUGGUCAGGCAACAAGCGAUUCUGAAAAUACAUCGUUCUAUAAUGCGGAAGUCGAAAUGGAAGCUCAUCCGGUUGAAUCCAACAUGCAGAGAAUCGAGAAUCGAAAUACAAAAAAAGAAAAUUACGAUUAUAUGAACGAGAUGUCUGUAGACUUAUCGGACGAGGAUGCAAAGUUGCGAGCGAAGAGAAAUCAGCAAGUUAUGUCUAAGUAUUUACGAAACGAUAAGAAUUCGAAGAAAUCAACACGAAGUUUCAAAUAUACCGAAGAAGAAAUCGGAGACACAAAAAGUGAGAAGACAAGGUACAGAAGGACUCGAGGUAAUCGUGCUGUAAGAACGAUCGAAGAAAUUAAGGAGCUUGCCGAAAAGUUAAUUACCAAGAUAAAUGAACUGCAGGUAUAUGUGAGCAAUCGUAGUGAAAUUCUAUAUAACUCUAUAAAAGAAAAGGAUUCCUAUAAAAAUGCAAUCAAGGAGGAACCGAAGAUCACCGUGAAAAAGAAAGAUAUAUCAAGUUCUACAUCCAAGAUUGCUGAGAACACUGACAAUCGCCAGCGCUUUGCAAAGGAAGCGAUUUUGGCAGGUAAAAGAACAUCCCAAGUACGUUCUAAUGGUUCGAGAUUUGCACGAGGAGAGUAUCGAACGAGGAGGAGAUCGCGUCGCAAGUGGGGCAGGUGGAUGGACUGGAGCAGCUGUAGCGUCACCUGCGGCAAGGGUCGACAGAUCAGGUGGCGGCAUUGCCUGCAUGACUGUAAUGAUGCGGAAACCGAGAUGGAAGAGAAAGCGUGCCAAUUGCCGGCCUGUCCCCCGAGUAAGUUCCUCGGAAUAUUUUGAAAGAUUCCUCCUUUGACAGACGACGGUCGAUGAUCGAUAUUUUGCAGUGUAUCAACUGUCAGUACCAUAAUUGUUAAAGAAAUAUUAUGUAAAACAGCAAUGUGAUUUGUGGUACUAUAAUCUUCCGGUUGCUUGUAUAGAAUUAUUUAUUUACCUAGCUGCGCUUCAUGAAAAAGGAUCUCAAAUGGUUUCUCGAUAAGGAACGUUCGCGAAGUAUCAAAUUCUUUGAAAUUCAUUUUAUUCUGUUCUUUUUUUUGUGUAACAGUUUCCGUACAAAGAUUUUUAUUACUUCGAAUCAUGUGCUUGUUUUACAUUACAUAGGAACUUUCAAAGUUACAAAAAUGCAACAAUCAAUGACGAUUUUAUCCCGAGAAGAAUGUUUGAACGAUGGAAUUCUUGAAAUUCGCAAAUUACAAACGUUAUCGCCGUAUAAAACAUGAACAAAAUUUUUUUACAGCCUCGUGAACCUUCCUUAUUAAUUAUCCAUGUACAACACAGUUUGCAUUUUGUAUAAUUGCAUAACAAAUCGUUUGAUGUAUAUUUCUCAUCGUCUCAUUAUCAAAUACAUAAUAUAUUAUACAGCAUUUUAAACAAUAUCUCCUUCUUCGCCUUCAGUAUUCACAAAUAACGAGGGCGUUCAUUGAUUAAAGAGUAAGUUUGUAGCAGCUCGAUCAUCGUAUUCAAUGUCACUAAGUCACAUUGAUUUACACAAGAUACGAUUGUCCGCCCCUUGCUAAUAAUCGUGUUACAAAAUAGGCUUGUUCUUUUUAGCUGAACUUUUGCACCAGUUGCUUUCUUUCUUUUUUCUUCAGAAGGGAAGAAGAAAGAUGAACUGGUGCAAAAGUUCAGUCAAAAAGAACAGGCUUAAUGUUAACGAGCGUAUACUUUCCGUGCACACACAAGUAGUAUAUGAAUCUAUACAACGCUUUCUGUUUACUUUUCCCAAUCAAAUGACUUUGCUCUAUCAGCAAUCCGUACAUUUUUGUGUAUAUUAUAAAAUCUGAUAUUGUACAAUAUUUAUAAGUUUUCUACAAUACAUUCUUUCUUACGUUCGUUUUCUGUGAUACUCUGAUUUAAAAAAUAUUAAUAAAAUUCAGUCGACCGUUUAACAUUUUUAUCCUAUCAAUUUAGGCGUAACGUAAGAAUCGAAUUGUACUGUAUGAGCAACGUAUAAUUCAUCUAAAUAUUAAUAAACUAGAUGACAUGCUUUCUAUAAGCAAUUAUUUGUCAAAGAAUAUUCAAAAGCAAAUAUAACAUGUUUAUGCGGCAAAUUUUAUCACAAUUGAAAUAUUAUUACGUCGUCAGUAUAAGUUUUCAAUCAUCAACAAUUUAUUUUUAAUUUUUUUUGGACACUUGAUGGACAAUGGAAGAUCCAUCAUUGCUUUUAAAUGCAAGCAAGAUAAAAUGGACAUUUGAUAAUUAAAAACAAUUGUUGAUAAAGAUUAAGAUUUCUAGCGUGCAGAUAUAAUUAGAAUCUAUUUUUCUUUCAUCGAUAUUUUUAGAUAUGUCAAUUAUCAGACAUGUUUAUUGAUAAACAAUCUGCAAAAUAUUCUCAUGCAUGAUACAUUCGUAAAUGCUGAUUUAAACAAAAUGCGCCUUAUUUAAUUUAUAUUUUGAUGUUAAUGCUGCGCCUCACUCUUGACUAAGGUACAAUAAAAAAAUGCUAGAAAA